AUGGAGCGAUUUAGGAAUCUACUUGGUGGUGGCAUGGGAGGCCUUGGAGGAGCUGCCCAUGGCACGGACAACACGAACCUCAUAGAUAACUCUGAGACGGUUUACAUUUCGUCGUUGGCUUUGCUGAAGAUGUUGCGACAUGGUCGCGCUGGUGUGCCCAUGGAAGUCAUGGGUCUCAUGCUGGGAGAGUUUGUGGACGAUUUCACAGUCAAAGUCAUGGACGUCUUUGCUAUGCCUCAGAGCGGCACGGGAGUCAGCGUCGAAGCUGUCGAUCCGGUUUUUCAGACUAAGAUGAUGGACAUGUUGAGACAAACAGGAAGACCUGAAUCAGUCGUUGGCUGGUACCACUCACAUCCUGGCUUUGGCUGCUGGUUGUCGUCCGUCGAUAUCAACACCCAACAAUCGUUUGAGCAGCUGAACCCACGAGCCGUCGCUGUCGUCGUCGAUCCAAUCCAGUCAGUCAAGGGCAAGGUCGUCAUCGACGCUUUCCGCUUGAUUAACCCACAGCUUUUGAUGAUGGGUCAGGAGCCCCGUCAAAGCACCAGCAACUUGGGUCACCUGAACAAGCCUUCGAUCCAGGCUCUCAUUCACGGUCUGAACCGACACUACUACUCAAUUGGCAUCAACUACCGUAAAACUGCUCUCGAAGAAAACAUGCUGAUGAACCUCCACAAACAUGUGUGGACCGAGGCAUUGGAAAUGAACGACUUCCACUCAGAAGGCGACAAGAACAAGGAGCGACUGCAGCGCCUGGUCAGCUUGGCAGACGGCUACGAGAAGCGAGUCAAGGAGGAGACAGAGUUGACUAAGGAGCAGCUAAAAACGCGCUAUGUCGGCAAACUGGACCCCAAGAAGCACUUGGAGGACGUUGGACAGGAAUUGAUUGAAGACAACAUCGUUGCUGUUUCUAGACAGAUGAUUGAUAAGGAAGCCACGAUGCCCAGGAAGGAAGGGCAGUCUGGACAGGCCAAUGGAGAGCGUAUGGACACGGAGGAGGAGUUAUAA